AUGGAUCAGCAACACAUUGACAAGCUUCUUGAACGCUAUCUCGGCCUGCUGGAUGAAUAUACCCAACUACGCCAAUCAUUGUCGCAACUGCAGUCUGGUAUCUAUCAGAACAUUGCUCGUGCAAAUUUUUCUGGAGAGAGAGGCAUGAGAUACGGCCAGGACCAGUACGAUGAAAGAAUGCAAGCCAUACGGCUUCUAUCUAUUGGCCAAAAUGAGCAUCAAGCCCCGAUUUUCUCACUCUUCAAUGCCCCUGAGGAGGAGGAGGAAGAAGAGAAAGGGGAAGAGCGGGACGAAAGCUCGGUCACUGACGGUCCAAAGUCAGAGACUGGAGAAGAAAAGCAAUCAGAAAAGAAGCGCAGGAACAAGAACCCUCUGCACUGGUUUGGCUUAUUUGCUCCCAUGAGUCUCCGUACAGCUCAAACACAAUCUAUAAAUGCAGUAGAGGAUAUCAUUCCCAGGAUCGUCUCUAUCAACGCUGAAAUGCUUGAUGUCGAAAUUGAAGUACGACGAGCCCGAAAACGUCGUGCCAAAGCAGAGAUGGCAGAGAAAAAGACAGCUCAAGCCACAACGGAUAUUCAGUCACAAAGUCCAGCACUUGAGGCAUCGCAAUGA